AUGAAACAACAACAUAGCGAUACCGAGUUGUAUGAUGUCGAAAGGAAAACAAUUCAAAGGACAACAGUCGAUACAAAAAGAUUGUUGUUUACUCGUUUUGAAGAUCUUUCAAACGAACUUAUCUAUGAAAUAUUCGAGUUACUCGAUGGUUAUGAUUUAUUCGAAAUUUUUUCAAAUCUCAAUUCACGAUUUCAAAAUCUUCUUACUCAUCCAACACUUCGUAUCAAUAUGAACCUAUCAUCCAUGUCGGAAUCGACUUUUCAUCGUUUUCGUGCCUUUGGUAUCUUGCCGAAUAAGCAUAGAAUAAAGUCACUUCAUUUAUCGAGCCCUUUCGCUGUCGAUCUCAUUUUCUCACCUCCUCGAUGCAUUCCAAAAUUUAGCCAAUUGAAAACAUUAAUUCUUGACGAUAUUAAUUCAAGAUAUCUUGACCAACUUCUUCACUUUUUAACUUUGUUGCCCUACCUUUCGUCGUUGAUCCUUAGUCUUGCUGACCGUUUUCGAAAUAAAAUGAUUCUCUAUCCUCGAAUUUUCCUCAUACCAAUGCUGAAAUAUUGCAAAUUAUCAUAUCAAGCUGGCAGUGGACGCAUGCUAUUACCAAUCACCACCAAUCAAUGCAAAAUCGCCGCUCUAUUAUCCUACACUCCUCGACUUCGUCAUUUAUCGUGUCGAAAACUAGCAUACGACGCAUAUCAAACAAUGGAAAUGCCGAUUGUUCCAAACAAUUUAACAAAGGCUUCAUUCGAGUUUUUUGGGCUUUUUAAUUUUGACCAAUUCGAACCGUUAAUCAGAAAAAAUUUUCGUCAACUUCACUGCUUACGUAUUUCUAUAAGUAAAAAUGAUAGAUCCUAUUUAGAUGCUAAACAAUGGGAAAGAUUAAUUUUAACGUCGAUGGCCUACUUACGAAUCUUUGAUAUUCAAUAUAAGGGCUGGGUGUAUAAGGAGUCCAGUGGCAAGACUCAAUUUUAUGAUCGGAUCGAUCAAUUUAAUUCUACAUUUUGGUUUGACCGCCAAUGGUUUUUUGCACAUCAGUCUUAUGAAAAAGAACAUGCUAUAUCUGUUCUCUUCUAUUCAAUCCAACCGUAUAGAAGACAAUCUUAUAUUUUAUAUAGUCAUCCUGAAGAAAAAAUAUGUCCACAUCGUCAACAGACUACCUUUGAUACAGUUCGUCAUCUUUAUAUCGAUGAGGAACAAUCAAUUGCAAAUUGUUUAUUUCAAUUUCCCAAGUGUACCAAUCUCACUUUAUUGAAAAGUUUCUGUAAAAACUGUGACUCAACCAUUACUUCACUUCAUCGUAUUAUUCCGUUGAUGCAACUAACUAAUCUGACAAUUCGAUGUCUAAAUUUGUUCUUUGAUACGAUAAUCGAAGUAUUACAUUCAACACCCAAUAUUCAAAUAUUAGAAGUUGAUUCUGAAUAUCCACUCGAAUUAAAUCCUAUAUCAAUAGAACAAACCGAAAAAUUGCGCUUGAUAUCGAAUGAAAACAAGAUUCAAAGUUUGACAAUUUCUCGUGGUUGCACAUCAAAAGUAGCUGAGGUUUUUAUCAAUUUGUGCCGUCGUGUACAACGUAUCGAUAUGAACAUUUCAACUAAUGAAUUUGAAUCUACUGUAAGAGUCCUAUUGAUGAAACAUAACAUUAAUAGUCAUCAUUUACGCUUAUUGAUUCUUCGGUAUCUUAGUGUAACAUCGUUCAAAAAAAUUGAACACAUGGUGCAUGCCGAGAAAUUACUUGAAAACUGUUCAAUAAAAUUUGUCUACAAUAGAUUGUAUUUGUGGUGGUAA